AUGGCCUCUGGAAAACUGAUCGGGGGACUAUGUCAGGAACUAAUAUGUCCCAUCUGUCUGGAGUUGUUCACCGACCCGGUCUCCCUUGAGUGUGAGCAUUACUUCUGUGGAUCCUGCAUCUCUCAGGUUUGGGAGAAGGUCCUGGGAGAUGUCUCCUGCCCCCAGUGUCAGCAGGUGUUUACCCAGAGGCACACAAGACCCUCUCGAACCCUGGGCAACAUCGCGGAACAGGUCAGGCUGCUGAGUGCCAAGGCGAGGCAGCGGGAAGAGGAGUUUUUCUGCAGGGAACACGACGAGAAGCUCAAACUGUUCUGUGAAGAUGAGCUGGAGGUGAUCUGUGUGGAAUGCUGGAACUCUGCGCACCAGAAACACAACGUGCUCCCUAUCAAUGCGGCGGUGGAGAAAUACAAGGAUAAACUCGAAGCAGUUUUGGCUUCGCUGCAAAGGAAAAUGGAGAGACUCACCAAAAGAAAAAUGAAAGGAGAGGCAAUGAUGGGAGAGCCAAAGGUGUGGGUGGAGGAACUGACAGAUGAAAUCAGAGCCGAAUUCGAAAAGAUGCACCGCUUCCUGAACGAGCAGGAAGAGGCCUUGAGACGCCAAAUGAAAGAGGAUGAGGAAAAAGCAUUGAAGAAGCUGGAGGAGAAGCUGAAAGAAAUUGAAGAGGAAAUGUCGAUGACUGAGGGCAAAAUCUCGGAGAUACAAACACAUCUAAAGAUCAGUGAUGACACCAAGAUGAUCAAGGUAGCUAGUAACAUGGGGCUAAGGUGUGAUGUCCGUGAAGUAAGAGUAGUUGAGGAGGAGCUGAGCAAGCAAACCUUCACCGAGCCCUUCCAGACUUUCAGAGUGUGGAAAGCCAUGAGGAGAAUAAUCGAACCAGUCCCAGAGUAUCUCACCCUGGACCCAGAGACUGCAAACAGGCAACUCACCCUGUCCCAGGAUCUGGUCAGUGUGAAGCAACGUGAGGAAGAGCAGGACGACGGGGAAGAGGCUCUCGAUCCACCGGCCCGAUUCGAUGAAUACCUGUGUGUUUUGAGCUCGCAGGGAUUUACCUCUGGGAGACACUACUGGGAGGUGGACCUUGGCCACAAGGUCCGGUGGGUUGUAGGGGUCUGCAGAGAGUCUGCCAACAGGAAGGGGGCCCUCACAAUCAUACCGUCACAUGGCUACUGGGUCAUAGGCUUGUUUGAGGAUAAUGACUACAGAGCAUCCACCUGUCAAGACACUGUCAUUCCUGUUGACAGGAAGCCUUGGAAACUGGGGGUUUACCUUGACUACGAAGGUGGUCGAGUGUCCUUUUACGAUGCUGAUGAGAUGUCUCACCUGUAUACUUUCACCGACACCUUCAACGAGAAGAUCUACCCCAUCUUUAACCCGUGUAAUAACCUAACUGGCCGAAACAAUGAGCCACUCAUCCUGUUCAGUGGUUGA